AUGUGGUGGGAGAAGGGACCGGGGCUCCGGCCAAGGUCCCAGCCGGGGCGGCCCGGCAGCCUGGGGGCCGCAGGUGUCAUUGUCCCUGCGGAGGAGCCGCACAAAGGGAGCGGCCCGGCCGCGGGCCCGGCGCUGGGCGAGGCGGGCGGGGGUGCAGCGAGUGCAUGGCGGAGCCCCGCGCCGCACCAUGAGGCGCCGGCCGAGCACCGCGCUCGCCCUGCUGUGCCUCGCCGCCCUCCUGGCCGCCGCCCGGAGGAGGAGGAGGAGGAGGAGGCGGUGGCGGAGGAGGAGGAAGAGGAGCAGCAGCAGCAGGAGGAGGAGGAGGCUGCGGACAGCGGCCCCGCAGGAGACCUGUGCAACUGCAGCUCGGUGGGCAGCGCCGGAUGCAACCGCACGACGGGGCAGUGCCUGUGCCUGGCCGGCUACGCGGGGCCGAGCUGCCACAGCUGUGCCCACGGCUUCUUCCCCCAGCAGGGUGGCCAGCAGUGCCAGCCCUGCAGCUGCAGCCCUGCUGGAGCCACCAGUGAGCAGUGUGACCACUCUGGGCAGUGCCAGUGCAAAGCUGGUGUCACGGACCUGAAGUGUGACCGGUGCAGCGAGGGCUACUUCAGGUUCAACGAGACCACGUGUGAGCCCUGCCAGUGCAACAACCUCUCCCACACCUGCGACAGCUCCACAGGCACCUGCCUGGACUGCCAGGAGAACACGGAGGGGAAGCACUGUGAGCUCUGCAAGGAGGGUUUCUAUCGGAGCACCCAGCCUGCCCACGGCUGCCAGCACUGCCCCUGCUCCACUGUGGCAUCCACUGGCACCUGCCACUUACAGCCUGGCGAGAGCAUCCCGAGGUGUGACAAGUGCAAACCAGGGUACACUGGCCUCAACUGCAACCAGUGUGACAAGGGCUACUACAACUCAGACAGCAUCUGCACGAGGUGUGAGUGCAACGGGAACGUGGACCCCGCGCUGUCCCCCAGCGUGUGCCGGCCCGACAGCGGCGAGUGCAUCGGCUGCCUCUACCACACCACGGGCUUCCACUGUGAGCUGUGUGAGGAGGGCUACAGCAGGGACUCCGAGGGCACCAACUGCACCAGGAAAGAAGCCACUCUUGGCCCAGAACCAAGGGAGUUUACAACUUCAGCUCCAAAUACCACCAAGGCCACAUCCUUUUCCACGGCAGUGCUAAACAGUACUUUGUCACCGACAACUCUACAGACAAUAUUUCCUAUAAGCUCCUCUGACAACAGCACCUCUGCUUUCGCAGAUGUUUCAUGGACUCAGUUUAACAUCAUUAUUUUGACAGUGAUCAUCAUUGUUGUGGUCCUACUAAUGGGCUUUGUGGGUGCUGUCUACAUGUACCGUGAGUAUCAGAACCGAAAACUUAACGCUCCCUUUUGGACCAUUGAACUCAAAGAGGACAACAUCAGUUUCAGCAGCUACCACGACAGCAUUCCCAACGCUGACGUGUCGGGGCUGCUGGAAGAUGAUGGCAAUGAGGUGGCCCCCAAUGGACAGCUCACGCUGACGACUCCCAUGCAUAAUUAUAAAGCUUAGAAGUCAUCCAGCUAUUCCAAAGUUUGCUUCUCAAAAAGUGGCAGGGCUUGUGGAAGGGGUGUCAGGAUCCGUGCCAAGGCUCCACGCAGAGGAAUUUGCUCUUCAGAUGCUCUCUGGUGCAAGGCGUGCUGUAGCUUGCAGGUGAACAGAAGACAGUGCAGUACCCCUGAAUUUCAGGUAGUGUGGUGAAAUGCAUUCAGUGUUCUCCAUAAAGAUCCAUAGAAUUCACUGUUGUUACAAACUGGAUUGUGCUGAAUUGAAACUUUUUUUAUGAAGAGGUGGUGGGGUGGAGAGAGCAGAACCCGAUGAGGAGUCAGAAGCUACUUGGUUUCCAGCCAACCCAACCCUUGUGUCUUCAUCCUUUAGUUUGAGAAGUAGCUCAUGAAUUAACAGUGGAAUUUCAGGAAACAGAUCUUUGGAAAGGCAUCAUCUUCAUUCCUGACAAAAACUUAUUUGAAAAGGAGAACAAAAAGAAAGGGAAGUAAUUGUUCACUGUACUACCAAAAGGCAAGUAGGAGGAGUGAGUUGCACACUGAAAAAGUCACCAUUAUCUGUUCCCAUUAAGCAGGGAAAUGGGAAAAAAGUCCUAAGAACACUUGAGUUAGGGAAGAGACUAAGCUCUUCCCUUUCUGAAUAUUUAUACAGGGUGAUGAUGCUAUUAAGACAUAGCAAUCCAUUUUUUUCUAGAAGGAGUUAAUGAACUUGUAUAGUUUCUGUGCAAGGGAAGACGACAAGACAUCUCAGGGUUGCCAUGUAAAAAUAAAAGCCAGGCUUAAUACCCUACCCUGAUAGAAAUGGUGUGUUCUGUAUAUAAAAUGUAAUAUAUCU